UAUAGGUGGAUGCGCGGUCUAAGACGAGCGGUGUGGGAGUGAAAUCUACGCAGCUUCGUCUCGGGACUGCUCUUUUUUUUUUUAAUCCCCCUCCUCCCCUGGUCUCUUUUUUUCAGAUUAUGUUUGUGGUGGUGACGGCAAAUAAGUGAAAGACUCAAUUGCUUACUGAGGUUUACAUCGAUUUCAUAAUAAGCCUGGGCAGUCGCAGCUUGUGUGGAAACCAGGCUAUGCAGUGAAACCAUCUGCUGGGCAGCCCAACUCUGUCAGGAGACUUGUCUGGUGUUUCUCAGCUUGAAGAAGAUCUACAGUCAUUACUGAUCCCUUUUCUUGGCGUUACCUUUUUGAAGUGAAGUUUACCUAGCUUUCUAGAGUGAGCUUUCUUUUCAGACAUCUCUAACGUUUGAUCCGUAAUAGACAAGCUAUAGCUCAGCAAUGUCCAAGUCAUUCCACCAGUCAUCUCUAAGUAGGGAUUCACAAGGUCAUGGGCGUGACCUCUCUGCAGGAAUAGGCCUUCUUGCUGCUGCUACCCAGUCUUUAAAUGUGCCAGCAUCUCUUGGAAGGAUGAACCACCAGGGUACUGCGCGCCUUGCUAGCUUAAUGAAUCUUGGAAUGAGUUCUUCAUUGAAUCAACAAGGAUCUCAUAGUGCACUGUCUUCUGCUAGUGCAUCUUCCCAUGCCUUACAGUCUAUAUUUAACAUUGGAAGUAGAGGCCCACUCUCUCUGUCUUCUCAGCACCGUGGAGAUGCAGAGCAGGCCACUAACAUUCUGGCCAGCUUUGGUCUGUCUGCUAGAGACUUAGAUGAACUGAGUCGUUAUCCUGAGGACAAGAUCACUCCUGAAAACUUGCCUCAAAUACUUCUGCAACUUAAAAGGAGGAGAGCUGAAGAAGGCCCUUCACUGAGUUAUACUAGAGAUGGCAGAUCAGCUGCACGGGAGCCACCAUACAGAGUUCCUAGGGAUGAUUGGGAAGAGAAAAGGCAUUUUAGAAGAGAUAGCUUUGACGAUCGUAGUUCUAGUCUCAACCGAGUGGUUGACUAUGAUCAUGGAAGUCGAUCUCAAGAAUCUGUUUAUUAUGACAGAAUGGAUUAUGAAGAUGACAGAUUAAGAGAUGGAGAGAGGUGUAGGGAUGACUCUUAUUAUGGCGAAACUUCGCAUAAGUAUCGUAAAUUUGACAGUGAGUAUGAGAGAAUUGGUCGUGGCCCUGAGAGAUCUCUCUUUGAGAAAAAAAGAGGUGCUCCUCCAGAUAGCAAUAUUGAAGACUUCCAUGGACUCUUACCGAAGGGUUAUCCCCAUCUGUGCUCUAUCUGUGAUAUGCCUGUUCAUUCUAAUAAGGAGUGGAACCAGCAUAUAAAUGGAGCAACACACAGUCGACGUUGUCAACUACUCCUCGAAAUAUAUCCUGAAUGGAACCCUGAGAGUGAUUCUGGACAUGGAAUGGGUGAUCCAUUUAUGUUGCAAUCAACAAAUCCAGCCCCAGGAAUUUUGGGACCACCUCCACCUCCAUUUCAUCUCGGAGGGCCACCAGUUGGGUCAAGAGGGUCUGGAAAUGGAAGUAUGCAAGGACCAAGACACAUGCAUAAGGGCAGAGUGGAAACGAGCAGAGUUGUGCACAUCAUGGACUUUCAGAGAGGGAAAAACCUGAGAUACCAGCUGUUGCAGCUUGUUGAACCAUUUGGAAUUAUCACAAAUCACCUAAUAUUGAACAAAAUUAAUGAAGCAUUUAUUGAAAUGGGUACCACUGAAGAUGCACAAGCUGCUGUAGAGUAUUAUUCAUCAGCACCAGCCUUAGUGUUUGGUAAACCCGUGAGAGUCCAUUUAUCACAGAAAUAUAAAAGAAUAAAGAAACCAGAAGCGAAGCCUGACCAAAAAUUUGAGCCUCCAAAACAAGAACUUGGUCGUGUGAUCCAUCUCAGUAAUUUGCCGCAUUCAGGCUAUUCUGACAAUGCUGUACUUAAACUAGCUGAGCCCUAUGGAAAAAUAAAGAACUACAUACUGAUGAGAAUGAAAAGUCAGGCUUUCAUAGAAAUGGAGACUAGAGAAGAUGCUGAAGCAAUGAUGGAGCAUUGUUCCAACAAAGCCCUUUGGUUCCAAGGGAGAUGUGUGAAAGUGGAUUUGUCCGAAAAAUACAAGAAAUUAAUAUUAAGGAUUCCCAACAAAGGAGUAGAUUUGUCAAAGAAAGAUAAACCAAGAAAGAGAGGUCUUUCUCCAGAUAGCAAAGACUCCGGAAGUGAGAAAAAAUGUAAGACUGACGAUAACGAGAAAUUGGAAAGCAAUAGUACUGAAGAUAAAGAAGAGAAGACUGACGAGGGAGAGGGGUUAGAUGCAAAAGACAGUGAGCAGGCAGACCAAGAGGAAUCAAAUGCACUCCUUGAAUCUGAAGAUGAGCUGUUAGUCGACGAUGAAGAAGCAGCAGCAUUACUAGAGAGUGGCAGCUCAGCAGCAGAAGAUACUGACGUGGCCAACUUGGGUGAUGUGGCAACUGAAGAAAAGGAGGCGGUUGAUGAUGAUUCCACAGCAAAAACUGAAGAGAACAGUUCAGCUACUUCAACAGCCAAAAAACUCAAAAAGCGACAUGUUGGUGGAUUUCCAAGAAGCAUGGAAGGUUUUGUCACUCUCGAUGAAGUUGGUGAUGAGGAAGAUUCUGAGCACCAGAAACAACGUAAAUCUGGCAUAGUUAAACCUGCUGUAAAAGCUGAGGACAGUAUAACUGAAACUAAGGCUGUAAGAACAGAGGAAAUGGAGCAGGAAAAUGAGGCUUUGGAAAAUGGCGCCAAAACAGAGAACUUGAAAUUGGAACCAUCUGAAGCGACUGACAGCAGUGCGACCCAAGAAGGAGAGAAAAAGGAAAACACUGAUGCGCAAGAAACUGUCCAUGAAAAACGUACCACCUCAGAUGAACUUAGAAUUGGGCCAUAUCAGCCAAAUGUUCCUGUUGGUGUGAGCUUUGUGGUGCCCAGAACUGGGUUUUACUGCAAAUUGUGUUCCUUAUUCUACACUAAUGAAGAUGCUGCAAAAAAGGUCCACUGCAGCAGCCUUGCACACUAUCAAAAGUUGAAGAAACGCAUGGACAAAAUGGCUGAAGACCCAAGACAGAAAAAAGAGGCUUAAAUGUAGGGGGGAAUGACUUGAGGAUUUAAGGAAAAAUGGUUUUAUUUUUAAUGUUAAUCUCAAUACAGUAAAAUUGGGGAAACGCUAUACUACAUAGAUUUUAGUGGAAUCAAAUAGAAGUAUAAUUCUGUUUGUGUGUUUCAUGUUAUGGCAAUACCUUGCAUUGUCAAAGCUUUUAUUAUUUUUAAAAAAAACCAAUUGGGAUGAAAACACAGAAUUUCUGUGCAGAUUGAUGCUUGAAGCUACUGAAGAACUGUUACAGCAUUUUGAAGACCAGAGAUAAUUUUAUCAGCAUUAUUCUUUUUCAGGCUUCGAAGAGCAUCUCUUUAAUGUUGGUUCGGUUCAGUUAAAUAUAAACAGGUUGUUCUUUUUCUCCUCUGGAACAUUCCAGUUCAAGUCCAGCUGAUAACUAUUUUCAAGGGACUUUUCAUGAUUUCAUUUCACUUUUCAGAAUCUCUAUUAAAAUUUAUGUGGUUUUUAAAAACGAUUAACACUUUCUUUUAGUAUCAGUGUAUUAGGUAGUGAAUAGGAAAACUGAUAGCCAGCUUUAAAAAAAAUGAGUGUUUCCCUCAGUCCUCAUUUUUCUGUCCUACUCUAGCAGAAAGUAAAUUCUUCUGACCAGUAUUAUUUUUUCUGAACUGUUGCUUGCGACUUGAAUUUAGUAAUUUUUCAUACAUCAGUAUAAGCAAAAGCAACAUUUGAACCAUAAAUUGUAAAUAGUUAACCCUUUUUUAUGUUUGUACUUCAACUCUGAUCCUAGACCGGGUUACUAAGGUGUCACUGAAAUCAGUGGGACUCACUUCAAAGUAACAUGUUUAGAAUUGGGGCAUACAUCUUCAAAUUGGUUUCAUCCUAGGAUUGUGAUCUUGAUGUAUCUUCACGUAGCUGAUGUGAAUGGAAGUUUGCGUGUAAAAUCUGUUUUCAUGUUUUAUUAAUCAUUUAUCAGCUUACAUAUAUGUGGAUUCAGGUUAUUAUAAUGUCAAACCAAUAAACCAAACCAGUCAAGAGUAAA